ACCAGUCUAACUCGAUGGACAACUAGACCAGAUCAGGUCUCGUACUCCGUGACUCGUCUUCCUCAUCGCGCGAGCGCCGCCACCCCUCCGUCCCCAUCCCGCUGCCGAGCGCCCCAGCCCCUAGCUCGUAUUUCUCCUCGCGCGAGCGCCUCGGCCGCAGAUUCGGUUCGAUCAAGCAUUGGCGUUGGCAGAGUUUGGGAGUACGUUUCGCCCUCGAUUUAGCUAGAAGCUAGAUUUCUCUAAAAUCUAUAGCCUCAAGCCUUGGAGGAAAGGAUUCAUCUCUUCCAGAAUGGCUGCUGCGAAUGGUGAAACUUCGUGCGGAUCCUUGCUGCAAAAAUUACAGUUUGUAUGGGACGAAGUUGGCGAGAGCGACAAGGACCGCGACAAAGUUCUGUUUCAGUUGGAUCAGGAAUGCUUGGAUGUCUACAAGAGGAAAGUUGACCAGGCACUCAAGUCAAGGGACCUUCUUCUCCAAGCUCUGGACUACUCAAAGAUGGAGCUUGCUAGGCUUGCUUCUGCCCUCGGAGAGAAAUCCAUAGCAACGAGUCCUGAAAAAACAACACGGACAAUCAAGCAACAACUAGCUGCUUUAGCUCCAACACUUGAGCAAUUGGGCAAGCAGAAAAAGAAGAGAAUACAGGAAUUUGCUGAUGUACAGUCAAGAAUCGAGCAAAUAAGGGGUGAGAUUGCUGGUAGUCUUGAGAUAGGCCAGCAGGUGGCAAUACCACAAGUUAAUGAGGACGACCUGACAGAUGAGAAGCUUGGGGAUUUUCAGUCUCAGCUCCAACAACUCGAGAAAAAGAAGAGAGAGAGACUGGAGAAAGUGCUUGAGCAUGUAAAUACAGUACAAGAUCUCUGUACUGUAUCGGGGAUGGAUUAUUUUAGCACAAUAACUGAAGUUCAUAACAGUCUAGACGACUCUAUUGGUAAGGAUCGCAAGAGCAUUAGCAAUGAUACCCUGUCUAAACUUGACAGGACGAUAGCUACUCUUAAUGAGGACAAAAGGUUGAGGUUAAAAAAGCUUCAAGAGCUUGCCACUCAGCUACAUGAUCUAUGGGAUCUCAUGGAUACCCCCCCGGAGGAAAGAAGCUUGUUUGAUCAUGUUGCCUGUAAUAGAACAUCGACUGUCGAGGAAGUUACUGCACCUGGAGCACUUGCUCUAGACAUAAUUAAUCAAGCCGAGAUUGAGGUUCAGAGAUUGGAUGAGCUAAAAUAUAGCAAGAUGAAAGAAAUAGCUUUUAAGAAGCAAACGACGCUGGAAGACAUAUAUGCUGCUGCUCACAUAAUGCUAGACACAGCAGCUGCCCAUGAUAAAAUAUUUGCACUGAUCGAGUCAGGGAUGGAACCUUCAGAAUUAAUUGCUGACAUGGAUAGUCAGAUAAUCAAAGCAGGGGAAGAAGCUUUAAGCAGAAAAGAAAUAUUAGAUAAAGUUGAGAGAUGGAUUGCUGCAUGUGAGGAGGAAAGCUGGCUUGAAGACUAUAACCGGGACGACAACAGAUAUAAUUCAGGCCGAGGUGCCCACCUGAAUCUCAAACGUGCAGAAAAGGCUCGUAUUCAAGUUAACAAAAUUCCAGCCCUUGUUGAGACACUGGUAGGCAAGACGAGGGCUUGGGAAGAGAAUCAUGGUCUAUCCUUCACGUAUGAUGGGGUUCCUCUUCUAGCUAUGUUGGAUGAGUAUGUUAUGCUUAGGCAAGAGAAGGAAGAAGAGAAGAAAAAAAUGCGGGAGCAAAAACGCUACAGUGAGCAGCUACUCAACAUCGAGCGUGAAGGGCCCUUCGGAACACGUGUCAGUCCCUAUAGACUGGCUGGUGCAAAGAAGGUAGCUAGCCCAAAGCCUGACAAUGGUGCAUCAAAUGCUGCUCCAGGUAGAAGACUAUCAACAAGCACUCAGCAGAACGAGAGAAAGAGUGCCCGGUCUGCUGGCAAGGAUUGUAAGAAAGAUUCUGCUGCGAGUCUGGCUGUGACGAAUACAACAGCUUCCCCGGGCAAAGCAGCAACCGCCAAGGAAGAUGACACAUCCAUUCACCAUUCUGACACCGAUUCAAUCCCUUGUUCAUCAUGAAUUGUUGCCUCUCUUUCUGUUGCUCUGCACUGUUUUUUGUAGUGAUCUCUUGUUAGGUUCUAAACUGGAGUUUGAUAAUCUGGUGUUGAAUCUUGUAGAUGGCUCUCAUAAUUGGUUAGCGCCUCAGUGGUGCUCCUGACGUCUGAGUAGUUGUACCAGCUGUCUAGUUCUGAUCCAUAUCCUUAGAAGUUAAAUGGAUAUACAAGUAGUCGUUGGUAAAUUGAGGUUUCUAUGUACUGCGCAGUUGUUGUUUUUUGACAGUAAUGUACUGCGUAGUUUGUUUGGUGCU